AUGGGCUUGCUAUUGUUGAUGGCGAGCAUGAACACAGUGGCUGGAAGCCAAGUUGAGACUGAGGAGAAGACAGGCGCGGACUAUGGCUGGUGGAUGCUGGCCUUCUGUGCUGUGAUUGGGGCCUUGAGCACACUACAGUGGCUUCGGAUCUUCAUGGUUGAGGGUCUCUAUGGCAUGCUGGGCCAUAUGAUCAAGAAUGAGGCCACAGCGAUUCAGGCGACUGAGUGGAUCGAUUCCUACAUCUGGCAACAAUAUGAAGAGGAGAAAGAAGAAUGGAAGAAGAAAUGCACAAGAUCCAAGCCGAGCCGUGAGAUGCGGCCUGGACCACAUCCGAACUUUGAUGUGGACUUUGUGAACCUGGGCCCGGUGAACCGCUUCCGUCUACCAACAGACGAAGAUGGCCUCAAGACUGUGUAUUGGGCAGAUUGGAAUUCAGAUCAGUUGCCAGACGUUUUGGUUGGCAUCCAAUGGUCUGGAACGGACUAUUGGGCGUUGUCGGAAUACUUCCAACAUACGGUGGAUAGAGACCUGAUGCGCAAUUCUCAGUUGGAUACUUAUGAGGACUUCGAGUCAAAGAGCGGAGAGUUCAUGGUGGUAGAUUGGAAUGACGACGGCUAUGAAGACAUUGUGGUCUUUGAAGCGUCCGCGGCUGGCAAGUGCUUGGUGCUUCAAAGAUUCAGACGACCAACUGGGACAGUGAAGCCGGGUGGGAAUGCCAUUGUUGAUUGGGACAAAGACGGUAGCUUGGAUCUUCUCAUCUCGGCGCGAGACGGCAAGCUGCACUACUAUCAGAUGGCUAAUGGGAGUCUCCGCGAAGAACCACGGCAUGCUUUCAGUGACAUCCGAACCCCUAAAGAUACAUUUAGCGGAUGGCCAGUUCGACAUCACCUAGCCCAGCCUGUGGUUGUGGACUUUGACAAUGACGGUGAUAUGGAUUUGUUCCUUGGCCCGCCAGAUGGGCGAUACUUUGAACAGUUGGUGGAUGGCAAUCUUCGCGAAUGGUCCCUAGAGCAGAGCCCCGUGAGGAAUGUAAUGAAACUGCAAACUUAUGUUUGGGAGGCUGAUGGGCAUGUCUACACUCGCAAUUACACUGAUAUCACCUGGCGGUUCGUGGAUUGCGAUGGAGAUGGUGACUUUGACUUGCUCAGGGUGCGGCACUUCUACAAGGGUGCAGUACAGGCCUGCAAGCACGACAGCACGCACACAUUGAGAUGUGAUGACAAUUUCUCCUGUUUGGGCACAAACCUCAGUCGUUUCAAAGGCAUCUGGGAAGGAAUAAGGCACUUGGAUUUGGGAAAUGUGGCUGACGGCCGGCUCAAGUUCAUUUCCACCCAUUGGUCAAGAAAAACAGCUGUGCUGUGGAGCGCAGGUUUUUGCAUUCCAGUUGAUCCUUGCCAUAAAAAAGGUUGGUGCUUGGCUAGACAAACGCGGUGUAGCUGCAUUGUGGGCCAUGAGCUAGACGAUUGCUCAGGUUGUGAGCCACAUUUCUAUAGUGCGCAGCAGAAGGUGGGGCAGAUGCACACUUGCAAAGCAUGUCCAGGAGAUGGCCAAGUUUGUUACGGUCGAGGCAGAUGCUUUGAUGAUGUGACCGCAAAGGCACCUUCACAGGAGGCAACUGCCGUUUUGAUGGCUUUGGGAAAUGGCUCAUGCAUUUGCAACGAAAACCAUUUCUACGGAAGUGAUGAAGAAGGCCGUAGUACCUGCAUGGAAGGCAUGUGCCCAGCUGGCACCGAAGAGAGUGAUGGUGCUUGCCGCCCUUGUAAUGCUGGGUCCUUUUCGCUAGCAGGAGGCAUGUGCAAGAUUUGCUUACCAGGGACCUUCUCUUCGAGAGAGAGCAGCAGUUGUUCAAUUUGCACGGCGGGUUCCAUCUCAAAAGCAUCAGGUGCAACCGAAUGCGAUUCUUGUCCUGCUGGAACAUAUGAAGGAGCCACUUUUGCACCAAGUGUCCAGCUGGUUCUCAUUCAGCAGUGCCGGGCAGUCCCACAUGCAUACCCUGUCCAGCAGGUUCUUUUGCUGGAGAGGCCAGCCCAACGUGCAGCAAAUGUCCUCCUGGUUGGGUUUCAGGUGCGGCCAGCAGUUCGUGCAACCAGUGCGAUGCAGGCCGCUUCGCAAAGCUGUCCUUGGCAUGUGAAGCAUGUCCGGGUGGAAGGUGGUCUAGUGCAGGAAGCAGUGAGUGCCGAAGCUGAAGCGGCAACUGUUCGGACUGUCUUCCAGGGACCGUCUCGAAGGCAGACGCUUGGCAGUGUGAUAAAUGUCCUGCAGGGACGUAUGAAGUCAACAAUGAAUUGUGCAGAGCAUGCCCUGUCGGUGCCAUCUCAGAUGGAGCCCGCCGUGCCUGUAGCCAGUGCGAUGCUGGGCGGGGCACCAACUGCCGGCGUUGCUGUUUUGAGCCGGUGGCCCGUCGAGAAGAAAGCUUUGCCUUCCCAAAUUGAUCCAGAACUGCAGUGCCACAGUGGCCGUUGGCAAGUACUGCAAAUGCAUAGGCCUGCCAGAAGACCUUUUGUUUUGGUCAACUUGUACUUGCAUGCUUCGGAUCGCUCAAGUGCCUGCCGACUAGGGCAUCUGCUUUUUGAACUAACUGCACAGAUGGGUGAAGAUUGUUUAUUCAUAGGUGAUUGGAACAAUGUGCCUGAUGAGGAACCUGCGCUUUCUCCACUGAGGGGAGGGCGGCUCCAUUUGGCAGAUGAAAUUGCGGGGCCAUUGCAGCUCCAGGCGCCCACUCGCACUGGAGGUAGGCACAUUGAUUACGCUUUGCAUUCCAUGUUGUUAGUUCCUUCAGACAGGGGUCAAGUCCCUGGAGUUGCUGACCAUGACCUUGUGUUUUAUUCAUUUCCUCUGCUUGCAGAGGAAGCUUCCUUUAGGAUUCAGCCUGCCAGAGCCUUGUUAGCCACUGAGCCUGUGUCAAACGAAUUGUGGGGUCGCAAUUUUGAUUUGCAACAUUUUCACACUUUGCUGGAACAAAGCCAAAUCGAAGAAGCUUGGAUCUUUCUGAGCAAUGCAGCUGAGAUUUGCUUACAAGCUAAGCCAGGGCGUAAGCGCAGUUCCGUGCCAGCUCCAAGUCAGGUGCCUCGGGCUCCUGUCAAGCCCGACACUUUGCAGACCACCCUUGAGCGUAGACUGCGAAGAACUUAUAGGCGGGUUCUAGAGUUGCAGAAACCUUCUUGGCCUUGGCGUUUACUGAACAAAGUGCGCGAAGAGCUGCGCAGGUUUGCUAGAAUUUUCCCUGAGCUCACCGAGUUCGAUGUUUUGUCUCCUCGCCUUCCGGAUAUCCUUCUGCAAUGCAUUCAGCGUGAGAGUGAUGCUUCGUCAGAAAGAAGGUUAGCUAGGUGGCACACCGACAUGAAUGAGAAUGAGCAAGCCCUUAUUCGUUGGGUCAAGGGCGCGGAUAAGCUCAUUGCCCCGUCAGGCCUUGACUCUGUUCCAGUGCAUCCGCAGCUCAAAGCUGAGCAUUUUGGUCGUGAAUGGCAGGCCAUUUGGUGCCCGCAUAGCAAUGUUGAGCCUGAACGGGUUCUGCCUUUUCUUUCUUGGAUACGUGCUGACGAGUUUUUUUGUCCGGAGCCUGUUUUCACUGAUACUAGCUUUGUGAGACUCACCAAACAAGCUUCUGGAAAAGCGGCCGGACCAGACGGUUGGAAAGCGGACCAGUGGCUUUUGUUGCCCGAAGGGUUUUAUUCUGCAUUCUCCGCCUUGUGGCGUAGAAUUUUGGACAUUGGGAUUCUGCCUUCUCAAUGGGCGCAGGUGCGUUGUGUCCUUAUCCCUAAGGAUGUCGGUUUCAGACCUAUUAGCAUCGCUUGCCUUGCUUGGCGCCUUGGCAUUAGUUGCAUUUUGCACCAGUUGCCCCCCUGGAUUGACCAAUGGGCGCCGCCGGAGUUAGUCGGUGGUUUGAAGGCGAGAAGUUCCACCAUCGUACAUGAUGACCUUCAUGAAGCUUUGCAGGAGAGCACUCUUUUUGGGGCAAAGAUCGACGUGGCCAAAUGCUUUGAUCAUGUGAAUAUCGAGCAAGCUUUCAUUGUUUGGGAGAAAUUUGGCGCUCCUGCCAAAGUUGUGAACAUUUUGAAAUGCUUUUAUCGCAUGCAAGUCAAAAGUUUCGAAUGGCAAGGUUUUUGCAGCCGUGAACGCAUUCGAUGCACCCGUGGCAUUUUGCAAGGAUGUCCACGUAGCUGUGCUUUGCUCGCCGGAUUGAUGACUGUCUGGUGUCGGUAUGUGCAGCAACAAUCGCCCAGUGUCCAACUUUCAGUUUAUAUUGAUGACAGGACUUUGUGGUGUAAAGAGCGGCAGCCACUGCAGCUUGCUCUUGAUGCUUCGCAGAGCGUUGACCAGGUUUUGGGCCUCAGGUUGAACUGUUCUAAAUGUGAACUCUUCUACAAGUGCCGAAAUGCCCAAUUGCAAGCUUUUCAGUCAUGGAACGUUGCUUGUAACAGGAAGUGGAAGAUGGCUACCCACUUCAAGUUGUUGGGGGUUCAUUACUUUUCUACUAAGGCUCGCCGUAGACCAAUUGAGCCUGCCGUUGUUGCAAAAGUGCAAGCGCGUCUCAGGCGCCUUCGAAUGGCCACUCACAGGCGCUGGAGCAAGAGGCGGCUUGUGAGGUCACUUGUCCUGUCCUUGUUUUCGCACACAGGUGCUUGGACCACCAUUCCCAAGAAACUCUUGCAAAAAUGGAGAUAUGCUGUUGAGACAACCAUGUUGGGUUAUCCUCAAUCUGGGAGAUCCAGAUAUUUGAUGUGGGCUUGCUUCCUGACGCCCGAGCUUGACCCAGAAUUCGCCUUGGAUUCCAGAGUUGUGUUUCACGAGUUGUGGAGACUUCGACGUGAAGCUGCUGCACGCCAAAGUGUGACUGACAUUUCCAGGUUGCAGUUCACUGAGGUUGAGCCGUGUGAACGCAGCAGCCGCCUACUUGAAGUCCUGCAAAAGUGGGGUUGGGAGCGCUUGAGCAAAAGUCGUUUCCGUACUCCUUCAGGUGUGCUUGAUUUGCUUUCCCAUGGUGAGACUAGGGUCACAGCCGCUAUGAAAGCCGCCUGGAAACGGCAGUUGUGGCUUAGCGAGCCGCGUGCGGCGGAAGUUGCCGACUUAAACGUGGAACCUGUCAUUGCUGUGCAUGUGGCUUGCAUGAAGCAGGGUCAAAAGCAAGAUCCCUUGUCGUUUUCCAUUGCUUGUGCUGCAGGGCCAGCCAGUCGCAAGCUGGCCAAGAGAUUUGACUUGAAUCACGUGUCUUGUGUGUGUGGUGCAGAUUGGCCUUCAUGCCGGCAUGUCACUUGGCAUUGCCCUGAUACCAACUUGCCUGAACACACUUCUGCACCUGCUAAUGGUGUCGAAGAGAGGUUGUUGGUGCGUAGCAUAGCUCCGCCGCCGCAGCCGCCUGAUCUCUUGCCGGGUGACGUGCGCCCUCCUGUUGAAAUUUGCUCCGCUUUCAUUUCGCAGAUGGCGCUCUUUGAUGGAAUGAUUUUGGUCGCUACUGAUGGUAGCUGCAAAACUCGCCACUCGCAGAAGCGGGCAGCUUGGGGUAUCGCGACUGAAAGUCAGGUUUUUGCUUUUCCGAUGAAAGGUUGCGACCAGAAUAUUUUUGCUGCUGAAACCUGGGCCGUGUUUCAAGCUUUGCAUGCAGCACAUCUCACUGGUGUGAGAGUGCGUAUUCUAUGUGACUCACAAGCCGUUGUCUUCGCUGCUGCGAGGGUGCGGCGUGGUGGAUCUUUGCCACGUUGGGCAUCUGGCAUGUGGCGCGCCAUUGCUUUGCUCAGUCCUGAAAGUGUAGUUUCAUGGGUGCCGGCCCACGGCCGCUCCAAAGAUUGGACACCGCCAGAUGGCCACUCCCCUGCUGUCUGGCGGACUUACAAUGACAGAAUUGAUGCGGCAGUUCAGGCCGUUGCGCAGCCCUGUGCCGAUUCUUUGAGUGCUUGGGCUCGUCGAGUCGAUGAUGCUAUGGCUUGGAGUGGUUUUGCUCUUGCAAGACAGAAACAAGCUCUGCUUGAUUUGCGCAGGCAUGUCGAGUCAUCAGCUCUCAGCUGA